AUGGGUAUUUUCAAGCGGAAGAUCACUGUUGAAGACCAUGCCGUCACAUCAGCAAUUCACUUGACUCUACGACAGUCUCUACUUCCAAAUGCGUUAGUUAUGAUCCUCUUUUUUCUUUGGGGAUUCGCAUACGGACUGUUGGAUGUUCUGAACUCGCAUUUCCAAACAACCCUUAAUAUCACCGCUAGUAAAUCCAGUGGCCUGCAAGCCUCAUACUUCGGUGCUUACUUCAUCUGUCCACUAACAAUCUCCGGCUGGAUCGCCCGCAAAUAUGGGUUCCGAGUUACCUUCAUGACCGGCCUCGCCGUGCUAGCUGUCGGAUGUCUUCUCUUCUGGCCUAGUGGCGUAAACAAGUCCUUUGGUGGAUUUUGCGGUAGCAUGUUUGUUGUCGGUGCUGGGUUAUCCACACUAGAGACCGCAGCCGACCCCUUCCUCUCGAUCUGCGGACCCCCAAAAUACAGCGAGAUCCGCCUGAACCUAGGACAAGCCGUCCAGGGAGUGGGAACCUUCGUUGCGCCUCUUCUCGCCUCCCGCGUCUUUUUUGCCAACACUGUGGAUGACAAUGCCGGGCUGAAGAAUGUCCAAUACACAUACCUUGGGGUAGCCUGCUUUGUCGCUCUGCUUAUCGUUCUCUUUUGGUUAGUUCCUUUCCCUGAGAUCACAGAUGCGGACCAGGAAGCACUGGAAGUGCAGAUCUCCGACCAUGGCGAAACCACCGCCCCGUUCAAAAAACAAUAUAAUCUGUUCUUCGGCGUGUGGAGCCAGUUCUGCUAUGUGGGAGCACAGGUGGCUGUUGCUGGUUAUUUUAUCAACUUUUGCAAAGAAGCUGGCAAAACAUCUGCAGAAUCAUUGUCGAAGUCUAACAAUGUUUUCCUAGCCGACUUGCUUGCCAUUGCGCAGGGUCUCUACGCUUUCAACCGUUUUGUGGCUACUGGCUUGAUGCUAAUAAAGGCUUUCAAACCUCGGUAUAUGUUGACAGUGUACUUGAUCCUCUGCGUUGUCUUCUCGGUGGCCGCCAUGACCACAAAGGGAUUUACGUCAGUGGCGAUGAUUAUCCUUGUUCUGUGCUUUGAGUCGUGCUGCUUCGCAACUAUUUUCUCCCUAGCUCUCCGUGGCCUUGGUCGUCACACUAAGCGUGGUGGCUCUCUGCUUGUUGCAGCCAUCUCAGGUGGCAUGGUCUUCCCUCCUAUGAUGGGAGCUAUUGUGGUUCGUUUCCAUAACCUGGCUUUAGGGGUUUUCCAAGUUUCAAGUAUGUUAGCUAACAUUGUGCACUCACAGACAAACAAGAAUGCUCACAUUGCCAUGGCAAUCCCAAUGAUGGGCUUUGUUCUCGCAUUGAUUUUCCCCAUUUACGUGAAUGUCUUCAAUAAAGAUGUCAUGGACAACCACCGGAACACUGAGCUUAAUGUCACAAUUCCCGUGGGGAAGGAUAUCGCUCUAGAGGAGGGUCCUCAGGAUGAGCCUACAACUACAGCAACCGAAGCAGCUGAGCAAACGAGGAAAUCCUAG